AUGAAUAAGGAUCUCAUUCCGCGCCAUAUUGCUAUUGUAAUGGAUGGUAACGGUCGCUGGGCAAAGGCUAAACAUAGACCCCGCCUGUUUGGGCAUCAUCAAGGUGUGGAGGUGGUGCGUGAUGUUGUUAAAAUUUGCAAUAAUAUCGGCGUGGGUUGUUUGACACUGUUUGCUUUUAGUAGUGAAAACUGGCGUCGGCCUGAAGAAGAAGUAAGUGGUUUAAUGAAGUUGUUUAUGAUGGCUUUAGAAAAAGAAGCGAAAUCAUUAGUAAGGAAUGGGGUUCGAUUAGAAUUUAUUGGUGAUCGUUCGGCUUUUUCUGAGAAAUUACAGAAAAAAAUGGCGCAGGUUGAGGGUUUAACAUCUAAAGGAACAGGCUUGCGUUUAUUGAUUGCGGGGAAUUAUGGAGGGCGCUGGGAUAUUGUCCAGGCGGCUCGAAAGAUGGUGCUAGCACUGUCAGAAGAAGAUGCUGACAGUGCUCACUAUGAUGAGGCUACCUUCGGGCGGUUUGUCUCAACGCAACAAGUUCCCGACCCCGAUUUAUUUAUCAGAACGGGGGGUGAACGAAGGAUAAGUAAUUUUUUGCUAUGGCAACUUGCAUAUACUGAACUAUAUUUUACAGAUGUGUUGUGGCCAGACUUUAAUAAGCAGGAAUUACA